UUGAAAGUUUGGAGCUGCCAGGGAACCCGGUGUGUUUUGACGCCGAAACCUUCGUGUGAGUGUGCGGGUUGGUGUUUGCGGUAAGGUGGAGGAAGGUGAAUGAAGGCGACCGGUGCAACCACUAGACACCCCUGGACGCCCCUGAGCUUCUCUCAGCGUGAUGGAUGCAGAGGUGGUUCUGCAAGAGGAGGACAUGGAGGGCUCGUGGACGCUGCUGUCCUGGCUGGCGUCUUGCCUCAUGGUGUUUGGAGGGGCCCUUCCCUAUGUGCCACAGUACCAGGAGAUCCAGAAGAGCAGCAACACUGAGGGCUUCUCCACCAGAGUCUGUCUGGUGCUGCUCAUAGCCAACAUCCUGCGCAUAUUCUUCUGGAUAGGGAAGCAGUUUGAGUUGACUCUGCUGCUUCAGAGCGUGGUGAUGAUCCUCACCAUGUUUGCCAUGCUCCACCUCUGCUGCGCAGUCCAAAACACCAACCGAGUGAGCACCAAGCAGCACCGACUUUCAGACUUGGACUUCAACUACUUCUGGAAGUGGAGUGCAUUUGAGGACUACCUGCUCUUCUGUUUCGGCUUCACCGUGCUGUGUGCAGUGGUCUCCCUUCUGCUGCUGGACUCGGCCGUGUUUGUGGAGAUGCUGGGCUCCCUGGCCGUGAUGUUUGAGGCCAUGUUGGGCCUCCCGCAGCUACUCCAAAACAUCCAGAAUCACUCCACCAAAGGCAUGAGUGUGAAGAUGGUGUUGCUGUGGACGGCGGGCGACGUCUUCAAGACCACCUACUUUGUGAUGAACGAAAGCCCGGCUCAGUUCUGGGUGUGCGGUUCAGUCCAGAUCCUGAUCGACGUGGCCAUCCUACUCCAGGUGCUAUUCUACAGCCAAGACACACGGGCCAAGCUAGGCUGAGCUCCACAGCCUGAAUGGGCUUUUUAAUAAACUCCCCUUCAAGGUCAACAGAAUUGUCAGGGGAGACGCUAAGUGCCAGAACAUGGAAAAAGCCAAAGUCAGUGUAGAAUUUUUUGGUGUAGAAUAUUCUGCGUCAUUUAGGUUUCUUGCAGACUCAACCAAUUUACCUCGAAGUGCCCUCAAACCAGUUUUAGCCUUGGUUUUUUAGCCAGUUGCUGAACAGCAGGUCUGUGCUGCUGUAACAACCAGUCCUGCACCGGUAGCCCUGCCCUGGAGUCUGCUGCCAGACUGAUGAGUCUCCCACUUCACACUCCACACUUCACUGGAUUGUUCUCAUGACACUUAAUGUGUGUGUGUGUGUGUGUGUGUGUGUGUACGUGUGCGUGUCUGUGCAUCCUUGUGUGUGUGCGUGUGUGAGAGAGAGAGAGUGUGUUGGCAUGCUUACUGGUGCGUCUGUACCUGAAAUUGAUUUUUGCUGUUAGCAUCUAGCGCCAAGCAGUGGUAACUACAAAGGCCAUCAAUCUGUGUGUUAUGAUUCUGCUUUUGCUUUGACUGAAGCAAUGCAGGUCUUCCACACAGUUUACGAAGAACAAUGACAAAAUGUGGGCAUGCCUGCUUUGCACUUUGCCUCAGUCCUAAAAUCUCUUGUAGACUCCAAAGAACACGUCAGACAUCAGGUCAAAGUAAGUUAUUUUUUUUUAUCAAUUUUAUUGUUAUUCUUAAUAGGACAGUAUUACUAAAUAUUUUGAAUAUUUUUUUUUUACUCCUGUGCAAGAAACACUCUAUUUGAAAAUGUAUAUAUGACAGUAAUUCUAACAAAGUGAGAAUACGUUUAGUGACUAAAAUAUUUACUUGUAAGCACUGUAUGAAAAUUACAGGUGUGGAGCAAGUCGUCCACUAAUGAGAAGAUCAGUGGCUCGGUCCCUUCAUGUACUUGCCCCUUGACUUGGGAAAGAAAAACUGGAACACUCUUCUCCCAAUAUCUCAAAAUAAUAUUGAACAAUAUUGAGUUGGUACAUCUUAUUUUACCGCAAUCAUGUUGCCCAGUGUAAACCGUAUUAUCUUUAUGGAACAAUACCAUAGCCAGCAAUGCACACAUUAGAGGUCAAACUGAAAAUUGACAAAUUUAUGUCAAAUGUCAAAAAAAAAUGUUGAAUAUUCCUGCUACUCUAUUUUUUAGAGUAAAAGAGCUAGCAAUAAAUAACCAUCUAAUACUGAUACAGGAGGCAGCUCUCUAAAUUCAAAGACUGUCACUUAGCUCAGGUGACGUAACUUAUGUACAAGGUCAGUAGUGUGCCUCAUUGUAUGCCUGAGUCACAUAUCCUCAAUGUAGCUAUUUAUGUAAUUAUUAUUUGUUUGGAGGGAAGGCUGAGAUAAAAUAUAAAUCCAACAUGAAAAAGGCCGGUGCCUGCUCUUCCAAAAAGUAAAACUACCCUAAAAAAAGCCUUAUAAUACCCUCCCCUUUCCUGAUGCCCCUCAUGCUGACAUAAUUUCUGUGCAGUCCCUUAGAUUAAAAUAUUUAGUUUCUCUUUCAUAGCAUGUUAAGUAACUCCUAGAGGUGUGAUCUAAAGUAGUAAUCAAACUUUGAAGUGUCUUCAUUCACCCAGAAACGUCCCUUUAAACAGAGGACAGUUUGUGUAAUGCAUGGACAGCCUGCUAAUGUUUCAUGUUUAGUUCCUUCAUGCUGCUGCAUUUAAAAGCUUUGGUGAGCCAUUGUUUAGAGGCGGUUGCAGCUGAGUUGUGGAGAGUGUGUGAUUAUAAAUUAUACUGAUGAGCAAGCAAGGUCAUUUGCUGAGAUCAUCUUAUUAGCCUACGACCCGCUUCAUUUUUUUUAUCUGCCAUGUGUUCCACGUAGUUCACUUUUACCCCUCCUGAUAGCAGAUGGACACUUUCUCUGUCUAAUAGGUGCAGUAGAAACAUUACAGCCAUUACAGAAACACUGAAACCUUGUUCAGCCAUUCCAGCCUUCCAAAAUGCAAAAAUGUUCACAAAUAUUUUAUUAGAAUCUCUGUUUAUAAUCAACAAAACAAUCUCACAAUGUAGCCUCAGGGAGGAUUGUGCCUCUUUCACCUGUUUCUCAGUAGCUUCCUCUUACAAAAGCCCUGCAGGAUAAAAUGAAUCAGUGCUGGCAGCUGAUCAGUAGUCAGAACAGGUUUCUUUUUACUCUCCCCCAUGGCAUGAUUUAAUUAAGUAAUAAAACUACCUGCUUAUUAAGUCUUUCAGUCACCUUUUUAACUCACCACUUUGUGUCCAUCUUUUAAUCCAUACUUGUCUGUGUAGUUUCUCCUCAGUAAACAUCAUGUUUAAAUUACACACUGCAGUGAUUAUGGUUUGCAUCAUGCGGACAAACUCCUGCAGAUACUGGUAUGCGUCAGCCAUAGGAUUGCAGUUGUAAAUGUGUAUAGGGGCAUUGCUGAUAUUAUUGUAUCUUAGUCCUCAGGGUCAUAAAGUUUUGCGCUGAGUUUUGAUAAUCUGAAAAACAUAGGAUUAUUUCAAGAGUGAACAGUGUACAAGAUCCUCAGAUAUAACACUGAGUGGUGCCUUUGCUUUAAUAUUACAUUACUUUUUUUUUAACGUUUUGAUUAUCAUGGAAUGUAUUAAACCAAUAGUUUGACAUUUUAGGAAAUGAUUGACACCACUCUCAUGUCUGUACUGUUAACAUGGAACUACAGUCAGCAGCCACUUAGUUUACCUGUGCAAUUUCCCCAUUGUGGGACUAUUAAAGGUUUUAUCUAUCUAUCUAUCUAUCUAUCUACCUUAAAGACUGGGAAAAAGGGGGAAACAACUAGUCUGGCUCUUUGUUUAAAAAAAAAAACAACAACCUGAAAACGAAUACUUGCUCUUUUACGGGGGGGUUAUGUACCAGACUGUUUCAGGGCCAUGUCCAAUUUUCCAGCACUCAGAUAACUGGUCCCUGGUCUAAAAUCACACUGUGUAAUUUCUACACUCAAACAAACGAGAUAUAGCAUGUUAAUUAGUGAGCUUUAGCAGUGCUGGUUGGCAGAUUAUUGUUUCCGCCGGACAUAGUCAGUUUCUCCCUGUUUUCCUGGCUUUAUGCUAAGCUAAGCUAAUAGUCUCCUGGCUGUUACUUUUUAUCUGCUGUACAGACAUGAGAGUGGUAUUGAUCCCCUCAAACUAUUCCUUUAAGGUUGAUCAUUUAAUUUCAGUCCUUCAAGCCAAAGAAGGGGCUAACAGUUGAAAAGGAGAAGCACUCUCUUCUGUUUUUUUUCCUUUUUUUUUAUGUGUGCCAUCUGUAUAUGAAAACAGCAAACCUUACUCACAGAGUAAGGUUUAUCUUGAGAUUAUGUGUUUAACGGAAGCACUGUACCAUGUUAGGUAUGAGUCAAAGCAUCUAUAAGUCCUUCUCUGCUGGUGCUUUAAUACGUUUUUGCAAUCGGUUAAAGUGAUAUUUAUAGAGCCACUUUGUGUGGGCGUGUGUGUAUGUGCUAAGGCUCUGUGUAUACAUUCAUUCUUCAGUUCCAGUAAUCUUACAUUACAUCUGUUAGCCAUAUUGUGAGCUGUGUGAGUCUUAUCUCCUCUGCCCUGCAUACCACAGCUGUAUUGCAGUUGCAUUAUUUCUGUAUUCUAUAUGCUCUUAUCAUCACAUCCAGAUGUGCAUCUUUAUAUUGUUUUUCCAUUCGAUAGAGGCUGAGAAUAGCACCCUCGGUGGAUUUAGUUUAACAUUUGGGCUCCCUGUGGCCUCCUCAAGGGCAGUAGGGAAGAUUAACACACACACAAACACAUACUCACAGCCUGGUUGUGAUAAUCCCUCUACCAGGUUAACAUUAUGGUAAACACACUUAUUGUCUCGCUACUGCAACAUGAUAAGAAGCAGACUGUUUGUCAUUUCUGACGAGGGAGAAGGUUUGGACUGUUACUUCAACGAGAUAAAAGAUAUAUUCACAUAUUUCAUGCAUAUCUUGGAAUAAUUUUUCAGUUAAUAGUUACACGAAAAAUCAGAAGCAUUAUAAAGAAUUGUGUGAAUUUUAGUUUCUGUGUUAAUGGUUGCUGAUGUUUCUUCAGGUAAUGUACUUACAUGAUCUGUGAAUCUAGAAGUACAGUGGCUGCCUUAAAGUCUAUUAAAACAAUGGCAAACUGUUCAAUUAAAUGUCAUGUUACACUACAGUGUGAUGACAUAUAGGUCUAGGACAGUAUACAUUAGAAAAAAAAUAAUACUCAGAAGCAUUGGUGUCCAAAUAGUUUUUGCUGUUUUAUGGAGAAUGUAUGUAUGUGAAAUAUUUAUCAUGUUAUUUUCUCAAAUAUAAACUAUUUAUAUUCCA